AUGAGCAAGGCUCCCCCCGAUGCCUGGGAGGACGAGUGGUCCUCCACCGCCGAUAAACUGCCAACUCCCCCCACGGAAACGGAGGCCAAAAGAGUCUCGUCGAAGGUGACAAAGGCCCAGCGAAGGGCUCAACAGGCCGAGUUCAACCGGCAGCUGUGGGCCGAAGCGUACGCGCUGCAUGGAACCAACCUCUUCCCACCUCUUGUGUCUCUUGUUCUGACUCUCGGGUGUUGUGGCCUGGAUCACAGUGAAGGGCCUAGAGAAACCAACUACUUUUUGGAGUCGCGCAAUAUCGUCCCCCUACGAUCCGAGUUCAAACCACCUCCGAUCCUCCUGUCGAGAAAAGGGCCCAUAAUUCAAUCGCAAUCUCCUCGACCGCCCACUGCCGGUCUCCAAGACCUAAGCCUGAAUAGCUCCAAGAACGACUCUGCUGGUCGCGAGUCCUCCGAGGACGAAGAGGAGGUCAGGGCCCGCGAACUCACCCUCGCCGAACGACAGGCCCGUGCCGCCAGGGACCGCGAGGAGAAGCAGCGCAAAUACGAGGAACGCAGACAAGAACUGUUCGGGACCUCGAGUGCCAGUACGACACUAUCCUCUCACCAACAAGGAGCCUAUAACAAGUCGGGGACCUCCAGUCCAGGGAGCUCGACCCCGCCCGGCUCAAGAUCUGCGACACCAAAUCGCAGUCGGGGCGGCAGAGGAGGGCGCCGCGGGCCGGGAGGAGUGGGAGGCGUGGCGGGUAACCACAACAUGAACUCUCGAAACCAAUCAAGAGGCGGUUCCCAACAUCGAGAAUUGUACGAUCCUUCAUACGCUUCGAGGCCCGACUCGACAUAUCCUCAGCAGCGACGAGAGUGGGAAAACGGGGCGGGAUCGCUCCACAACUCUACCGGGUUGCCUCCUCUGCAGCACGUCCAGGAACCGAUCCGGGCACCGAGAGGGCCCGAUGGCAGUGGCCGGGGCGGAUUUGGUUUUGCUGCCAGGGUGCCAGCAAACAUAGCUGGGCAAGCCGAGACGGCCACGACAGUGCCAGGUUACCAAUCUCUCGCAAGAAGGGACCUCACCGCUCCCAGUUCUGACUAUGAUGCGGCGCGGACGACCUCUUGA